AUGUCAUCCCCCGAAGAGCUUGAGCUCGACAUGUGUCCGAAGGGGUCAUCGGAAAAAGACCUGGCAGAGUCGAAGGGAUCUCGUCGCCGUCGUGAUGCUGCGGGCCAACCGAAAACGGGGGUGGAAGAGGACGAGGACGAGGUUGCAGACAACUGCGGUCAGGUAUGUGCGGGGAGGAAUCAUCGUCUCACAGGCAGCGGAGGUUCCGGGGGUGGCAAGUCGACAUCACUGUUGGAACUGUUGGACCUGAAGACGGCGGAGGGUCGCUGUUUGGGUGAUAUCUCGGAAGAUGAGCGAUCCAUGCUGGAGUUGCUCGAGCCCCAGCUCGCAGGGAUGGUCGUAGCGUGA